UUUGUUUUCUUUUCGGAUACAUAUCUCAGAUUUGACAGCACAAAGAAGUCGGCCAUUUUAUUGCUUGAGAAGCUGUGGCUUUUCUCCCGUCGGGAGACUGUUGUAUUUUUUAUCUAAUUAUUUUUAUUAGGCAAUCGUUUUAACAGCGUACAAAUUGGUAUACGUAUUUAGUGUUUAAGGAUAGAGUUUAUUUACGUGAAGAGAUGGACGAUCCGAAUAGAAUGAUGGCGCAUAGCGGCGGGCUGAUGGGUCCUCAAGGGUACGGGUUGGCCGGGGGCGAGGGCGCGCCAGCGGCAGGGGAUGGCGAGGCACGCAAGCAGGACAUCGGGGAGAUCCUGCAGCAGAUCAUGAAUAUCACGGACCAGAGCUUGGACGAGGCGCAGGCCCGCAAGCACACGCUCAACUGCCACAGGAUGAAGCCAGCCCUCUUCUCGGUGCUGUGCGAGAUCAAGGAGAAGACAGUACUGUCACUCCGCAACACUCAAGAGGAGGAGCCCCCGGACCCACAGCUGAUGCGCUUGGACAACAUGCUGAUUGCUGAGGGUGUUGCUGGGCCAGAGAAGGGUGGCGGUGCUGGCGCCGCUGCCUCCGCCUCUGCUGCGGCAGGAGAAUGGGACAACGCCAUCGAGCACUCCGACUAUCGCGCGAAGCUCGCGCAGAUCCGGCAGAUCUACCACCAGGAGCUCGACAAGUACGAGAACGCUUGCAACGAGUUCACCACCCACGUGAUGAACCUGCUGCGGGAGCAGAGCCGCACGCGGCCCAUCACGCCCAAGGAGAUCGAGCGCAUGGUGCAGAUCAUCCACAAGAAGUUCAGCUCCAUACAGAUGCAGCUGAAGCAGUCCACCUGCGAGGCCGUCAUGAUCCUGCGCUCCCGUUUCUUGGACGCACGCCGCAAGCGCCGCAAUUUCAGCAAGCAGGCGUCUGAGAUACUCAACGAGUACUUCUACUCGCACCUCUCCAACCCCUACCCGAGCGAGGAGGCCAAGGAGGAGCUCGCACGCAAGUGCGGGAUCACCGUCUCGCAGGUGUCCAAUUGGUUCGGCAACAAGCGCAUCCGCUACAAGAAGAACAUCGGCAAGGCGCAGGAGGAGGCCAACCUGUACGCCGCCAAGAAGGCCGCCGACCUGUCCUGGAUCGGUGCAGCGCGCGAGCGCUCGCCCCCCGGCAGGGCUACUUCAAAUUACACCGCAGGCGCGUCCCCGUAUUCGAUGGGCGCGGCGUCCGGCACGGCGACCCCCAUGAUGUCGCCGGCGCCCACGCAGGACUCCAUGGGCUACUCGCUGCCCGCGCCCGGCUACGACCAGCCGCAGCCCUCCUACGACGGCUCCAUGGGCUACGACCCCAUGCACCAGGACCUCUCGCCGUAGUCUGCCAGGCUACGGACAUUAUUCACUUGCGCAGCUUCCACUGAAUCGCCAUUUACGUAACUCUACUCUAGGUCCCUAACGGCUCUCAAGCCCUAGCAUAGUACAUUGUAUACUGUAUCUUAUAAUACUUACAAACUCACAUGUAGCGUGCUAUUUUUGGAAAGACAUGUAAUUACACCUUGUCUCCGUUGGAUCCGACUGUGUCCAGUAUUUAUUUAUUUAGUUUCGGACGCAAAAAGUACUUAAAAACGUAUUUGUACCUCGAUUGUACUGUAAAUGGUUGUUGCGUGGACUCUCAUGCACAGGCCGUCCUUGAGUGGCACUUCUGUGGUCGAAAACGCGCUAUUGAACUACAUGAUUUGACAAUUGUCGCCAAUUCGUGACAUCAAUUCGCCGUACAUUGCUGGUCCAAGAAGAAAGUAUUGAAGCUAGAUACCAUCGUUGUUCAUCGGUCGGGGAAUGUACAGGAAAUUAUGACUCGGUGUCCGUUGACAAUUGUCAGGGUGGUGAAAUAGGCGACUAGGAUCUCGCUCUUAACGGUUAAUCUGAAAAACGUUUGCGGAAUAUUAUAACACGUCAUUAUAAUUAGUAACCCCCUUAUUCAUAAACAUGUACUAAAGUUACGAUGCCGCUGAUCAUCGUUUGUCCCUUUCCAUCAUACCAAUACGUCGGAAAGGGACAAAUGAUGAGCAGCGGCAUCGUAACUUUAGAACACGUUUAUGAAUAAGGGGGUAAAUGUGUACCUAACUGGGGGGCACGUUUACUAAAGUAAUUAUUAUUAUUAAAGCUUAAAUAUGUGUGAUUAUGCAUGUGCUCAUUGAAAAUACACUAUUACUGCAAAGAGGUUUGAUAUUGUUAACCUUUUGACCGCCAAAGACGUCAUAUGUCGCGCGCGGCUUCAGCCCAAUAUCAACCUUCAUGCGUACCGACAAGGUUCACGAUUACGCGCCGCGUACGAUACGCGUGGCGUUCAAAAGGUUAAAACAUCACAAUUUUAAAUAUACUUCACCUUGAUCUAAACAAUUACAUUUAAUUAACUUGACAACUGUUAAAAACGGCAGCUAAAGACUGUUAUUAUCUCUUAAACGUACAAAUUGUGAGAUGACAACUAUCAAGAUAUUGAAAAACGGAAGUGCCACGAAUAGUCCUUUAUGAUGGUAUUAUUUUUUUAUUUCGACCAGUGAAAUCUGAAAUUAUUGAAAGUUAUUAUUUGGCAGUAUUAGUAGUAAUCACUACGGAUGGGGUCGUUUCAUUUUGUCUUUCUGUACGGUGGAUAUGAUACGAUAUGUAGGUGUAAGCUAUCUUAUAGUGAGUAAGUUGUACGGAUAAUUUGUGCUGAUGCGGCGAAGCGGCGGAGCGCUGGGGCUGACUGUACUCGUACAAUUACCAAUACGGUAUAUCAAAGAUUUAGUUCACAUAUGUUUUUUUACAAAAUUGUUUUCUUAUAUAUUCGAGAUUCUAACAGAUACUGAAAUAUGUAUAGUAAACGAUUUAAAACAGAUACACUUGUAUUUACUAAUUAGUUCAUAAUUUAGACUGAAGUAACUAUCAAAUAUUAAUCGGGAGUGUAAUUUCUAUGAAUAAGGUUUACUUAAUUUAAAGGGAUUACCCUAGCCAUAGGGUUACCUUAUUCAUGCUUAUGCCCAAUUGCUCCACCGCACGCCCUGUCUUCUAUUUGUGUGCAAUUUAAAAGCGCACCAUAUUCACUAGAGUAUUUGCAAUGUAUACAAUAUAUGACAACACAUUUGCAAAAUAUAUAGGGAAAAUUUUAAUCAUGUAUUAGAAUCAUGCAUAUUUCUUACAUAGAUCGAGCAGGCUCGUUUUAACACUUGUUUUUACAUUCAUAUUUAGUUUAGUUAAUAAUAUGAAAAUAAUGACAAAUAGAGUCAAACCAAGAUAAGUACGCAGCUAUUUUGAUAGCCCAAACGGUGCACGUGUUAUUUUAAUCGUCAAAGCUGUAUGAAAUUUUGACAGUUGCACCGUCUGGGCUAUCAAAAUCGCUGCCAACUUAUCUUGGUCUGACUCUAGUACUUUUUUCAUGCAUUGACAAUUUUGUGCCGCGGGCGGGGUGUUUAACUAAAUCACUAAUGUGACGUUCUCACGACUCUAGUGAAUAUGGCUAUGCUGAAUUUUAAAUAUUUUAUUAUUGUAAAGGUUGUGCCUAUUAGCUCCGAUGCACUUGAUUUGUUCAUUCAACAGACUGUAGCUCAACUGGCUUUGACCAUAAACAUUUAUACAAAAAUAUGUACCAUCGUUCACGAUGUUACAUGGCAAUAGGGUUGUUUCCAACUGGUUGUUCUUAUAAUAUAAUCCAAAAGAAUUUAUUGGGAUACAAUUCUGCCCUAAGAUUUGUAGAUGGAAACACCCCUAUUCCUAGACCGUAUUGGAAAAAGGGUUUACCCUAUGAACGCCACGGCUAGUAUAUAUAACGUGCCAUCGUAAAAGGUUAAAUAAUAAACUGUAACCGUGCAUGUCUUUGGCGGUCAUAGGGUUAAAAGUGUUGCCUUUGUAUACAUGUUUAUGAACGUGACUGUGCCUACGACUCUUCUUCAACCACCUCUCUCGAACCGUUCUUUGAAGAAAGAGACAAACAAUGUCAGCCUCGGUAUCACAGUCAGUGGAGCAAAGAAAGUUUCUUUAGAAACUUGGUCGUACGGCCAAGGUAGGAGUUGCGAAUAUCAAACAAAGUAUUUUAUUAUCAAGGCGUUUUGACGAGCGAUGUGCUGCAAACAUUUUUUAUAACACGAUGAUGGCAAACCACAGUAAUCGUAUUUUAUGAAAUUUAUUUAUUAUUUUUGUCUAUAUUCUUACCCGGACGUUAUAUUUAAAACUUAUUCAAACAACAACACUACACUGUAAGGGUGCCCAGUAGGCUAGCAAAAUGUUGCCCAGCCCUUUGGUCACCAAAAGCCUCUACAAGGCGCUUUGACAGCUUCUAGUAGAGGCGACGAACACUAGGCCCCCACGGCCCCAGGGUUUCCACCCCAAACGCCGCAAAUAUGUAGCUACUAUAGUGUGAUAUACUUGCGACGUUUGAGACUUUCGGCCGAGGAUGCGGCCGCACCAGCGCCAACCCUGGUGCCUGGGUAUCUACGCAAGUAGUGUCCCAGACAAGUGGCCGACCCAAGGCACCAGCGUCAUCGACUCUGGCCAGACUGUUGAGUUCGAGGACUGCUGUGUUGUUGUAUGUUGAUUGUAUCGUCGACGAUACGCCGAGCGGUAGGCAUAUAGCGCGUGGCCUUGAGCGAGUGACGGAGGCCUGCCUCAAACCCAACUCUCAUUCCGCGUCGCAAGUGCCGUAUUUAGGAAACGGUUCUUAGUUAAACGACAGAGAGGCUCGUCCCACCGCCUUUGCGAACAUGUCUUAGUUUCAUAACCCACUUCUCUAAAAUUAAAAGGCUCCAGCUACUUAUGUCGAAGUCAAUUAUGAUGGGAGUCCGUUUUCAUUUGGUUAUGGUUUCAGAUAUUCAGAAAAACAAAAAAAGGAGCGUUUGACCGUCUAAUUACCAUUCACGCCCGGUAAUUUUAAUAACAGCAACUAGCGCACAACGUCAUACUCUACAAGCACAUAAAAAAAGAAUAAUAAAUAUAUGAAGAUGAUAAUGAUGUAGCCGCACACCGCUCGCCAGCCUCUUCCACUCGGUGCUAACUUAUACUAGCACAAUUUUUAUUUAGCUAUUAGUUUACCCUGAAUCCGUUCACUAUCCGCACGCCGCGGAAUAGGUUAUUAUUAGCGUUAUGGGACUUUAGCACUAUACUGCCGGUUCCUGUAUAACCCACUGCUCAAAAUUGUUUUUUUAACCUCGUUUGAAAACGUGAUGGUAAGCGAUUGUAGUGUAUGCACGUUUGGUGUCAUAUUCACGUUGUUCACUCUUUUGAAGUAGCAAUGUAUGAAAAUCCCAUUGUAAGGACUGGCCUGCAAUGAUCAUUAUAUUAAAUCGGUAUUCAUUUAAUAAUUACGAAAUAUAAACAAUGUGGAGCAAUAGGAAAGGUGAAAGAAUCUCAUUAUGGAUUCAGAAAUAAAUCAAUAGAGAGAUAUGGAGAUCGAUUGACUUGUAUUUAAAAUGUACCCUAUAUUAUGUAAUUUAAAAUAUGGGCAGCAGUGGCCAAAUGCGACCAAAGGUGAUAGUGCUACAGUUCCCACUUUUAUUAUUAUGUUAGUCUCACUUCAAUUAGAUUUAGAUCGGACUUGAAUCCUAGCAUUAAGUUGAUGUGUUCUAAAACAUUAUAUCUGAGACAGUAUACGAAUAACGACAAAUUAAAAAAAAUGUUUAAAAUUUUCUGAGGUUCGAUGUUUUGCAACUGCGCCGCCAGGGCAGGGAGACACGUGACUCUGUCACUUGUCGUUGUGAUUGUACAGUGCCGGGUACUUGUAGUUAGAUAUUGUGAAAAAAAAAAGAUAUACUCUUGUUUACCCUGACGAUUACAUUUUUGGGACGCCAUAGAUACAUCUGAAUGUCACGGGAAUCUGCCGGUCAGAAAUUAUUUUGAAGAACCAUAAGAUUUCACGAUCCAAAUGUGUCUGUGGUAGCCUUACCCUUAUGGUAAUUUUUUACACCCUUGACGCCCGCGGGGCUUUGUUUUUCUAUUAGGUACAAGUACCUACAUAUUUAUUUAAACGCCCGGCACUGCCGUGUGUAAUAAUUAGACUACAGCCUGUUCGAGGCGGCGAUACACCAUGUAUACGAUGAUAAGUUCAACGUUAUUGUGACCAUCAGAUUUGAUUCAAAUACAUUUUUGUGUAGUUUA